CCCAGUCACAGUCAGUUGGUUCACAAUUAAAUGCCGUGAUGUUUGUGUUCCCCGUACGCUCCGGACAGUGUCUACAGUGCUGAAGCUGGGUGCAAGUGCUUUACAAAAAAAAAAAACUGAGGUGCCACUCCGUGAUAGUUGACACCAAUUGAUCCCCAGGCUCCAGCAUCUGGAAGUGUCGGUGGGAUUCGCGCGCGCCUCAUAAGGUGUCCUGGGCCAAGGAGAUGAGCACUGGGCUCUACACUACACAACAGUUCCUCCUUUAACAAUGCAGUGAAGUGUCUCUGCGUGCAAAAGCUGUAAAGAGAUUCCUCUUUUACUUUAUAUACAUAUGUAUCUUCUAUUUGGACUUCUUUGAGCAAUCACACCGCAAAACCACCAGGGAUUUUUCUUUUAAGCAGAUAAAUCACACCAAGAUUUCUCUCCCAUGACCAGCCCCCGUUGUACCCCACUCCCAACGUCCCCCUGUACGCGUAUAAUUAAUCAGUGAGCUGAUUCUUCUCUAUAUACACUGAAGGAAAUCUAUUAAUGCUGCCACAGUGCAUAUACACACUCCUUGUAUUAUAUAGUGCUGCUGAGUGAUUCUGGUGCGACCAAAGAGGAGGUUCUGAGGCAAACAUAUAUAAAAAUAAUAAGAAAAUGCUAUUUUUGUGUGAAAAAUAUGAUUUGUGGCUAAAAAUGUCCCCAUCACUCUGCCAGCAAUAAUGAGUUGAGUGUUGUGAAAUUGCCAAAAAAAAAAACUUUUUCGUGCGGGAUUUUUCUAUACGUGCUGAAGACCCCAAAGCGCCAUAGGCCGCUGAGUGCGUGAACGUGAUCAAAUAUUUUUCUCCGAAGGGUGCUUGGAGAUAAAUUUCAAAUUACCCCCCUCAAGGUGUGUGUUGGGUCUCACAAUUUCCCUCCCAUCAUCCCUCAUCUCCACCGCGGGAUGCUUAACUACCGUGCAAAUGGCCAGAAGUAGUGAAAGCGCCAAGAGAACACGCAAAAUAUAUUCUUCUGGGUACAUAGUGCUACAACCACAGUGUGGGUACACCACUUGGCGACAUCUGAGUGCUCCAUGGGAGUGAUUAGCAGUUCAAUUGUGGAAUACAAAAUGCUGGAUGUGUACCAACGUAGACGAUGGUGAUGAAACGGAGCAUGAAACUAACUUAAUUGAAGCGAUUUGCAAUCACUUGCAAUCAAUGUAUGGCAAACAAAAUGCUGUGGAUAAAUCAAACGUUAACUUCUCGUUUAGCUGCCUCGGCGGCUCUCAUCGUCAAAUAACUAAGGAUGGUUAUUUUGUAUAUGACUGCGAUAGUAAUGGAUAGUUUCUAGAUAAUAGUUAGAUCACCACAUAUGUGUGUACACUUCCCCACGACUUCCACUAGCAUAAUACAUACAGUGUGAGGAGGAGACGUGGUAAAGGAUAUUAUACCAUUUAUUCAAGUUCAGAGAGAGAGGGAAGGAGUGAAUAAAAAAAAAAAUAAGAAGUGAGUUGGGACGAAUUUUGUAGCCCAAAACUCUUGCAACUGCAGCCAACAGGAAAAUAGGAAAAAUUAUCUCAAGCAAUAAUUUUUCAUAUUAUACAAAAUGAGUUCUUCUGGCAGUGACAUUUUUGCUUCCUUGGCGUCUAUUGGUACGGAAACCUUAACUCUCUCAUCUUCCAAUGUGACAAAGGGAUUGGAUGAAGAGCAGCCAUGGAUUGAGAUAACACUAUUGAUCCUAAAGGCCACUAUCAUGAUUUUUAUUAUGGCGGCAGCCAUUUUCGGAAAUCUACUCGUUAUCGCCUCUGUAAUGAGACAUCGAAAAUUGAGGGUCAUAACGAAUUAUUUUGUCGUCUCCCUAGCGAUGGCGGAUAUCAUGGUAGCGAUGCUGGCAAUGUCUUUCAAUUUUAGUGUACAAGUUACCGGAGAGUGGCUCUUUGGCUCAUUUAUGUGUGAUGUAUGGAACAGUCUGGAUGUAUAUUUCUCAACUGCGAGUAUCUUGCAUCUCUGUUGCAUCUCCGUCGAUAGAUAUUACGCCAUCGUAAGACCGUUAAAGUAUCCAACAAGUAUGACGAAACGUGUUGUAGCUAUUAUGAUUUUAAACACCUGGGUAUCCCCAGCGCUAUUAUCUUUUGUGCCAAUAUUUGCCGGAUGGUAUACGACGGAGAAACACAAGCAGGAUGUGCUCGAGCACCCCGACGAGUGUAAUUUUGUGGUGAAUAAGUCCUACGCCGUGAUUUCUAGCUCAAUCUCAUUCUGGAUACCCUGUACAAUUAUGAUAUUCACGUAUGCCGCAAUCUUCCGCGAGGCUAGUCGGCAGGAGAAGCAAUUAGCUUUAAGACAAGGAACAGCCAUGCUCAUGCAUCGGCACUCAAGUUCUGGAGGUACGAAUGGUGAAGCUCUCAGUGGUUCUGGAUCUUCCAAAGCAUUAACGCUCCAUGAAGUGGAUCUAGAUCAUACACCAACCAAAGAUAAGCACUUAAUCAAAAUGAAACGAGAACACAAGGCUGCAAGAACUUUAGGAAUAAUCAUGGGAGUCUUUAUUCUAUGCUGGUUGCCAUUCUUUCUAUGGUACGUCAUAACGACUUUGUGCGGGGAAGCCUGUCCGUGUCCUAAUAUAGUAGUGGCAGUCCUCUUCUGGAUUGGUUAUUUCAAUUCAACACUAAAUCCUCUCAUUUAUGCCUAUUUCAAUCGAGACUUUCGGGAAGCAUUUAAGGACACACUGGAGUGUAUUUUCUGUAGGUGGUGGCGUUCAGAUUUAUCAUCCUUGGAUGGUAAUAUGCGUAGAUCGAGUCUACGUUACGAUACUCGGACGAAGAGUGUCUAUUCAGAGAGUUACUUACGGCCCAGCACAGCUGAAAGAAGAGCAAGUCAGGCGCUGGUUGAUAGCUUAUAAUGACCGAUGAUUGCUGACGGAGUAACAUCGACAAAUACUGAAAAUUUGUAACUAAUAAUUAGGGGAUAAUGUAUACUUAAAAAAAAACUGAAAAGCGCCGAAGGAGGAUAGCAAUGAACCACCCUCAUGUAGUCGUGUCUUCCGUACAAAAAAAACCUCUGUCCCAAUAUUAUUUUCUCCAUCUUAAGAAUUUUCCUACAAAGUAAGAUUGUAAAUAGAAAAUGAAAUGGGAUGAGAAAAAAAAAAUUUCCAAAAAAAGAUAUAAAAAAUUGCCAUUGUCUGUUGAUUAAUAUUGUUACAAAAGAAGAAGUCUCAUCUUUUACUGAACACACAAAGAUAAAUGUGCAAUUUUUUCUGGAUCAUGAUGGAAUAAUAUAAUUUAUAUUAAAUUAUUGUAAACAAUAUAACGUGUUGAAUUGAAAUAAACACAAUUUAUUUUAUAAAACAUUAAAAGUUCUAAAAGAGCUCUUUUGUACUUUAUAAAAUGUUAAUUUUUACCAAAAAAAAACUUUGUUAUAUAUCAGUAGGUAAUAUCAAAGAAAAAAUACUCUUUUUUUCUGCAAUUCUUUUUGUAAGUGAAACUGUUGCGUGCAAAAGAGACCUUAAAAUGUGCGUCACAUAUCCCACAAGUAUAAAAAAAAAUACAAAUUUAACGUUACCUAUAUCACUUUUAAAAAGUACACGGUGUCGCCUUAAUUUGUAGUUUCGUAACAUUAAUGAUUGCAUUUAUGUGUUCACGGAAGGUGUUUUGUUAGAACCAAAAUCAAUACGGGGUUAAAGUAAGAGCGGGAAAUAUUGACUUCACCAUUUUUUUUAAAUUACAAUAAUUUAAAAUUUUCAUCUCAUCAACAUUUACAUUUACCUCGCAUAAAAAGGAACUUUUUCAUUAUUUUUAAAUCAGUCAAAAGUAUCAUUAAAAAAAAGUUUUAAGCCAUUUCUUUACAAUAAUAAUUAGGGAUCAGGAAGUGGUGUUGCUGAAUUUCUGAUUAUUCAGGUGAAUAAAAGUCCUUAAAUCCUUAGAAUUCUUCAGACUUGGGAUUAAGUUCAAAUUCAUUCCAAAAAGUUCUCUAUUUUCAUUAGAAUUUCAGCAAUACCAUCCCAAAGAAGAAAGUGGCUGAAUAAUUCUUAAAAGCACAAAAAAGGGAGUCGGUACCUUCAAAUUUUAAUCGAAAAGUAAAAAAAUUAUGUAAUACAUCGUUCAUUUUACCUUAAUAAAUCCGAUUUUUUUUCAAUAAGUGUGAUAAAAGGUAAAUCUAGCACGAUCAACUGGCAGUAAAUUCAUUAAACUAUUAGUCUGAUUUUUCUUUUUAUAAAAUUCAUGACAAAAUUUAUAUUUUUAUUAAAUUAUAAAUCUUUUUGUGAAGAAAAUUUUGAAUGCCAGUUGCUACCUCUAUUAAAUAAACCGCCCAAUUAAAUAAUGAGUCUAAUUAAAAUGAAUUUGUUUUGGAAGAAUUUCUCAAGAAGAGGGAUUUUCCAUUUGUUUUUAUCCUAAUUCAGAAUUAUUGUCUAUUAGCCUUCUUUUACCCUUGUCUUAUCCCUCUCUCACACUCUUCGCAAGACUAUCCGAACCACAAAUAUGUUGCAAUAAAAUAAUUAAUUGUAGGCAUAGGGGUUGAAGGAAGGAUAGAAAAUUUAGGGAAAUUUAGGAUUAAUAAUAAAAUAAUAUAUAAAUCUCAAAAUAGUGCUGGAAUGUAUAAAAAAAAAAGAAAACUUAAAGAUCAUAGAGGAAAAUGUUGAUUAGAAACUUUUAUAUAAAAAAAUAAAGAAUAACUAUAUGUUAAUUAAAUUCAGAAAGCUUCGCAAAAUUAAUUGAAGUUUUAUGUCGCAAAAUAAUAAAAUGCAUAAAAAAACUCGAAAUUGCAAAUUAUUGAGAAAUAAAAAGAUUUUAUUUUUUAAAAUUUUUGUAGGUCAUAUGUAAAAAAAAAUGCUCCAAGUCACAAAAUGUGCCAAUAUAUUUUAUUUUCUUUGACAAGCGAAAAGUUUUGGCAAAAACAAAACUAUAUAAUAAAUUCUCGUAAAUUAUUUGUGACAAUUUUUUAAAAGACAAGAGAAUUUUUUUUUGAAUAUGUAAUUUUUCAGUGUUAAUAUUCUUCAGUUUAAAAAAGGUAAAUGUUCACUUUUCAAAUAUAUCCAUUUUAUCGUAGUUUUGAUAUGAGAUUUUGGAGCAGCAUUCAUGCAGAAUACGUAAAUCGUAGUGUAUGAUACAUUUUAAUGCAUAACAACGUGAUUUUAUAUAUAAAUGAAAUUUAUUUCUUGAGACAGCCAAAAUAUCUAUAAUAAUUGCUUCGGUAUACGUUUUGAUAUAGCAAUAAACAUAAACAAAUUGAAUAUAGGUGCUUUUCUAAGCCACACUGUAGCUUGUAAAUUUGAACGUAUAUAGAAACUUUUAGUUUUUGUUUUUUUAGAAGUUUUAUUUAUUUAUUUAUUAUUUUGGAAUAUCUACACUGUUCUGUGUAUAUCAGUCAAAAUUUGCAUCAAAUGUUUUGAUGCAUCAUGAGAAGUUUGUAGUAACAUUUGUGGUACAAGUGACAGAAUCAAGCUAACAAUCAGGCUUUUGCAGAACUUUCUCCUAGGUUUUAGGUACAUUUGUUUAGAGCAUACGUAAAAAAAAACAGUUCACAAUUUAAAAUAUGUUCAAGAGAUACAUAAUAUUCGCAAUUCAAUAAGGGAGAAAUAAAAUAAAGUAAAAGGUGAAAGCAAUAUGCAUGAGAAUACGUUUAACAUUAAAUUUUCUGGCCAUUUGCAUAACAUUUUUCAAAUCAAUACGUUUGCAAGAAUUAAAUAUCCAUAAAAAAAUGAACAAAAUUGUCAAAAGAAAAUGUAAAUUUAUAAAAUAAAAAUUCUUCCUCUUUGUAGGUAUAUACAUAAUAUAUAUAUACAUAAUAUGGACGAUAAUAUUAAUAAAAAAAUGAAAAA